AUGCCCGGCCGUGCCACUCACGUGCCUCGCCGUGGGGAGGAAGGGGAAGAAAGCUCCAUCCUCUCCAAACCCACAGCAGGCACAGGGCUGCAGGGACUCAUAAGCCCCGAGUGGAUGGUUGAGGGCGGGCUAAAGGCAUCCUCGAAAACACUGUGUGAGCAGGUGGCUGCCAGCCGUGGCCGAGGCCAGGAGCUGGAGCUGGGUGAGGGGCCUGGGCUUUCGAAGACCCAGGUAAACAAUGAGAACGUCGUCAAAGUCGGCCACCGGCAGGUGGUGAACAUGAUUCGCCAAGGAGGGAAUCACCUUGUCCUUAAGGUGGUCACCGUGACCAGGAAUCUGGACCCGGAUGACACCGCCAGGAAGAAAGCUCCCCCGCCUCCAAAGCGAGCGCCCACCACAGCCCUCACCCUGCGCUCCAAGUCCAUGACCUCGGAGCUGGAGGAGCUCGUGGAUAAAGCCUCGGUGCGGAAGAGGAAGGAUAAACCCGAUGAGAUCGUCCCGGCCUCCAAGCCCCCCCGGACUGCGGAGAACGUGGCCGUGGAGUCGAGGGUGGCCACCAUCAAGCAGCGGCCCACCAGCCGGUGCUUCGCGCCCGUCUCGGACAUGAACUCUGUGUACGAACGCCAAGGGAUUGCCGUGAUGACGCCCACCGUUCCUGGGAGCCCGAAAGGCCCAUUUCUGGGCCUCCCUCGAGACAGCAGAAUCUUUCUAUCAGGAAUAACGGAGGAAGAGCGGCAGUUUCUGGCUCCUCCGAUGCUGAAGUUCACCAGGAGCCUGUCCAUGCCGGACACCUCGGAGGACAUCCCGCCCCCGCCGCAGUCUGUGCCCCCGUCUCCACCUCCACCUUCCCCCACGGCCUACAACUGCCCCAAGUCCCCAACCCCGAGAGUCUACGGGACGAUUAAGCCCGCAUUCAAUCAGAACUCCGCCGCCAAGGUGUCCCCGGCCACCAGAUCCGACACAGUGGCCACCGUGAUGAGAGAUAAGGGCAUGUACUACAGGAGGGAGCUGGACCGCUACUCGCUGGACUCCGACGACCUGUACAGUCGGAACGUCGCCCCCCAGGCCAACUUCCGCAACAAGAGGGGCCAGAUGCCCGAAAACCCGUACUCGGAGGUGGGGAAGAUCGCCAGCAAGGCCGUCUACGUCCCUGCCAAGCCCGCCCGUCGGAAGGGCAUGCUGGUGAAGCAGUCCAACGUGGAGGACAGCCCCGAGAAGACAUGCUCCAUCCCCAUCCCCACCAUCAUCGUCAAGGAGCCGUCCACCAGCAGCAGCGGUAAGAGCAGCCAGGGCAGCAGCGUGGAGAUCGACCCCCAGGCCUCGGAGCAGCCGGGCCAGCUGCGGCCCGAUGACAGCCUGACCGUCAGCAGCCCCUUUGCCGCCGCCAUCGCGGGGGCCGUCCGCGACCGGGAGAAGCGUCUGGAAGCCAGGAGGAACUCCCCGGCCUUCCUCUCCACAGACCUGGGGGACGAGGACGUGGGUCUGGGGCCGCCCGCCCCUAGGAUGCAGCCCCCCACCUUCCCCGAGGACGGCGGAUUUGGAGACGAGGAUGGCACGGAGCAGCUGUCGCCCCCCGCGCCAGGGGCGAUGCCCGGGGAGCCUGAGAACCAUUUUGUGGGUGGCGGCGAGGCCGGGAGGCCACUGAAUUCCACACCCCCAGCCAAGGGGCCCGAGAGCAGCCCGGGGGUGCCCCCCAAGAGCAGCAACGCGGCCAGCCCUGAGAAUUACGUCCAUCCGCUCACCGGGCGGCCGCUCGACCCCAGCUCCCCGCUGGCCCUGGCACUUUCCGCAAGGGACCGAGCCAUGAAGGAGUCCCUGCAGGGACCCAAGGGGGAGGCCCCCAAGGCCGACCUCAACAAACCUCUUUACAUCGAUACCAAAAUGCGGCCCAGCAUGGAAGCAGCCUUCCCCCCGGUCCCCAGGCAGAACACCCGGGGGCCCCUGCGGCGGCAAGAGACAGAGAACAAGUACGAGGCCGAGCCGAGCAGGGACCGGAAAGGCGGCGACAAGAAGAACAUGCUGAUCCACAUCGUGGACACGUCGCAGCAGCAGUCGGCCGGCCUGCUGAUGGUCCACACCGUGGAGGCCGCCCAGCCCGACGGGCCCCCGGAGGAAGGUGACGCAAAGGCGCACGUGGAGGCCAAGCCAGACCGCUCGCUGCCCGAGGUGCCAGAAGCUGCUUCCGAAACCGAAGGUGCUUUACAGGUCGCCGCCGCCCCCGAGCCCACCGCUGCGCCCGGCAGAACCGUCGUGGCGGCCGGCUCUGUGGAAGAGGCGGUGAUUUUGCCAUUCCGCAUCCCUCCUCCCCCUCUGGCAUCCGUGGAUCUGGAUGAGGAUUUUAUUUUUACAGAGCCAUUGCCUCCGCCCCUGGAAUUUGCAAAUAGUUUUGAUAUCCCUGACGACCGCGCCGCUUCUGUCCCCGCGCUCACAGACGUGGGCAAGCAGAAAAGAAACGACGCCCCUCAGUCCCCUCCCCUGAACUCCAGCCAACCAUCCAACUCUGCAGACGGUAAGAAGCCAGCUGGCCUUUCAAACUGUCUGCCUGCCUCGUUCCUGCCGCCCCCCGAAAGCUUUGACGCUGUCGCCGACUCUGGGAUCGAGGAGGCGGACAGCCGGAGUAGCAGCGACCACCACCUCGAGACGACCAGCACGAUCUCCACAGUGUCCAGCAUCUCCACCCUGUCUUCCGAGGGCGGGGAGAACGUGGACACGUGCACAGUCUAUGCAGACGGGCAAGCGUUCCUGGUGGACAAACCCCCCGUACCUCCUAAGCCAAAAAUGAAGCCCGUGAUCCACAAAAACAAUGCACUUUAUCAAGACGCGCUGGUGGAGGAAGAUGCAGACACCUUCGUCAUCCCCCCGCCCGCUCCCCCGCCGCCUCCGGGCGCUGUGCAGCCCGGGGUGGUCAAGGUCAUCCAGCCAAGGACCUCCAAGUUGUGGGGCGACAUCACGGAGGUCAAAAGCCCGAUGCUCUCAGGCCCAAAGGCGAACGUCAUUAGCGAAUUGAACUCAAUCCUGCAGCAAAUGAACCGAGAGAAAUCGGCAAAGCCGGGGGACGGACUGGAUUUGCCGACGGGAGCCAAGUCUGCCAGCCUCGCUCCAAGAAGCCCGGAGAUCAUGAGCACAGUCUCAGGUACACGGAGCACGACAGUCACUUUCACUGUUCGCCCUGGCACCUCCCAGCCCAUCACCCUGCAGAGCCGGCCUCCUGACUACGAAAGCAGGACCUCAGGGACCAGACGUGCCCCCAGCCCUGUGGUCUCACCAACAGAGCUGAGCAAAGAGAUCCUGCCCGCCCCUCCGUCCGCUGCCGCCGCGUCCCCUCCCACUCUCGCAGACGUCUUCAGCCUUCCCAGCCAGCCCCCUUCCGGGGACCUAUUUGGCUUGAACCCCGCGGGACGCAGCAGGUCGCCCUCUCCAUCAAUACUCCAACAGCCAAUCUCAAAUAAGCCUUUUACAACUAAACCUGUCCACCUGUGGACUAAGCCAGAUGUGGCAGAUUGGCUAGAAAGUCUGAACUUGGGUGAACAUAAGGAGACCUUCAUGGACAAUGAGAUCGACGGCAGUCACCUGCCAAACCUUCAGAAGGAGGACCUGAUAGACCUUGGGGUGACUCGAGUCGGGCACAGGAUGAACAUAGAAAGGGCUUUAAAGCAGCUGCUGGACAGAUAAGGACGGCUGGCCUUCCCCUUUACAGACUGCUGCUUGUUAUAAGUAGAGAUGGGCUUACACUGAAAUGUUUGGAGAGCCGAGCCAAGUCUGUGAGCACCAGCCCCGUUCCAUGGGUUUGUCUCCUGGUACCCAAAGAAAUGCUAAGUGUGUCCACGGCGUGGCUGAGCAAAGGCCUCGACACCCCCUGGCUCUCUGCGUCAGGGGACUAGGGGAGAGAGCUUUUCUAACACGGAAGGAGAUUCCCCACCUGCCUCCCAGCAUGCAGGUGACCUCACCCUGCCGGGCCCCAGAGGCUCCCCGCCGGUGUCACACGGGAUUCUUGCUGUUGCAGGCAGACACCUCCUGAGACCUCCGUCCUCUGCUCUCCGGGCAGCUGUCACCGCCCUGGCCCUGGCCCGAGGCCUUUCCUCAGUGCGUGGCCUCUUGGAGGACGCUGAUGCUCCCAUGCUCCUUUCUCUUUCCUGUACUUUGCUUGUAGUGAGAUGCUCCCAGACAGGUUUGUCUGGUGCCCUUCUUAGGCCUGAAAGGUAGAGAAAUUUUUUUUCCUAUACAGAUUCUUUACCCCGUCUCCUCCUGGGACGUGCAUCCGUGGUUCUUUGGCCAUGAGGUUCUUGGCAGUGGUGGGGAGUUGAACAGGAUCGUGCCCGGCUUUGCUUAGCUUGCUUUCUUUAUUUCUACAAACCUAUGAGCAUAAUUCCAAGGUGGCCAAACAGAUGUCACACGGAGUUAGUCAAAGCACAAAGUCACGAUUCCAAGGAGGAGGGGAGACCUGGCCAUGGGAACCAGCCAGCGUGUGCUGCCUGUGUCCAAGGUCUCCCUAAAGACAAGGGCAGUUGUCUGCCAAGAGGAUCUAUCUAGAAUCAAGAGAAAGGGUUUCUCUGCCUCUCAAAAUUCUUGUUGAAUUGCUGAGUGCUGAGCUCUUACAAAGAUCAGAGCAGGUGAGCGUCCACUUUGACAUGAGGACACGGCUCACGGUAGUCCACGUGCUGCCACCAGGUGAAACGGUAUCUUCACUGAGAGCUGUGUCGGGUACAGUGACCUCAGUUCUAGCCCGGCCAAGGGUGAGCAUCUCCGCUGAGACAGCCCUUUUGUUCUCGGAGGCCAGAUAAGAUGGUAUUUAGGGGCUUUCCCCUUUUUCUCUGGGUGUCCAGGAAUCCCACCAGCUGUCUUAACAGUAUAACAGGUUCUUUGAGGACCCAGUGGGUAAGGAGUGUAAACAGGCACCGAGGUUGGGAAGAGAAGUGGUGCAGGCUCAGGGAGAAGAGCAGAUACGUGGAGAAAGCAAAGCAGGGCCUCCUGGACUGCCGGUCUGGCCUCCCUGGCAGGGCUGUGUUGUCCCUGGAGUCUCUCUCCCCUGUAACGAUCCCUCUAAUGUCCAGGGGAGGUCGCCCAUUGCACAUGGGCUGCAAAACGUCCAGUCAGGCUUCCAGCACAUUCUCCCACACUUGGAGGAUACUGUCAGGUUUUUCGUUUUAUUGUGAUUUCAGAACUAGCCCAGCCCAUCUCUAAUUAUAAAACAUGACUUUUUUUUUUUCAUUUUUUUCUUUAUGCUCACGACCAAGGGUCUGAUUAGGUCUGGAACAGCUCUAGAGUGAACACAUAAAAUUUAGCAAUCUAAAAUCUCUUUCUUUACUGCAAGUUUAAAUAGUUGUACAGAUAGUUUAUAAGCACAAUAUUUUAAGAAAAAAAAAAGUGGCUGGUCUACUAGGCAGCCUUUGUGCCACUUCAGUGCUAGAAAGUUAAAGAAAAAAAAAACUUUUGUGAUUUAAUAAUACUAUUUCUGUGGAAUAAUUAUAAAAGUAUGACCUUUUUAAAUCAACCUUAUUUGGAUGCAUCUGAACCAGCAGAGCUGUGUUAUAUUUUCUAUCUUUGCUAGAACUUCGUAAUUGAAGGACAAUUAUUUCUUCAAAAGUGGUUACAAUUCACAAUGCAGCAGUUUCUCCAAAAACAAAAACCAAACACACACAUCACACACACCCCUUUCCCCCCAAGCCCCGAUUGGGAAGCUGAGUCUUCGGACCUUAUUCUGUCCCAAAACCUUCUGCAGGUCCAUCUUGAUAUUUGAAUUAUUCUAUCCAGCUUGAAAUUAAUUGGAUAUUAAGGCGUUGUGCUUCAUGUACUUUCAAUUUUUUCCAUCGUGAGAUGAGUGAAUAUUACUCGAGAGAAAUUUCAAGCCAGGAUACUAUAGGUGGCCUGCUGAGGCCGCCCCGUAUGACAGAAAAGGAAAAAAUGGUGGUUGGGCCAUUAAUCCGUCUUCCAUUUGGUGAUAUUGCAAAAUUCAUUAAGUAUACACUUCAUGGCUCUCUUUUCCUUUGCCUACAGUUUUUGUUACCUCUAUGCUCAGUGCCAGGCAAAACGCUAGAUGAAAGGAGAGUAAAGAAACCGCUGUAGACGGUAACCCGUCACAGCCUGGUGGCUCUGGACCCACGGAGUGGGUGACAGCCGCCUCUUGCUCCCUUCCUAAAAGAGACUGCAAGCCAUGUGCCACAAACCAGAGGCAAGCUGACGGGAAGACUCAAGAGCUGAUAAGAGUUUGUUUUCACAUUGUCUUAUUAUGGAAAAGUAAUAGGACCCAUCAGAACCUGCACUGACCAACCAAUUAGACCCACGUUGCCGAGGUGAAUCGGUCUCCAGCUCUAUGUGACCGUUUUGCUACAGAAAGCAAUAGUUCCUCAUCCAAACCGCCGCCCACUGUUCUCCCCUUUGGGACGUGUUAGGACCAGGCCCUAUUCCAUGACCCUCUUUAAUGGUGGAACAAAUGUUAAACUGCUCAUAUGAAGAUCAUGUUAAUAUUAUUCCAGGUUUUAAGAUCAACUUUUGUUAUAUACUGUAAUUUAAAUAAACUGCAUUUACAUGCCUAGUUUCUGUAAUAUUGUGUAUACAAAACCAAAAUUUCUCAAGAUGUAAAUUAUGUACACCUGCCAAGAUACCUUCCCCAGGGUGUCUGUGCACAUUUUAAGUUAAUUCACAUAAUACAAAAAUGACUCAGUGUGACUGUUGGUUUGCUGAAUUUUACAUAUCACAAAGUGAAUUAUUUGUGGUACUUUAGUUAAUAAAAUGGUGACUUCUUUUUUCUGAGUUAUUGAACAACUAAGCAUUACCCAGUUGAUCUGGCAAUGACUUUUUGUGUGUGGGCCACAAAUAUUGAUUUUCCCAUUAACGAUUUUUUUUUGUUUUUUAAAAUACUAAUAUGUUUCACACUAAGUUUGUGUAACAACAACAUGUGUUUGCAUUAUCUAUGUUGCUGUAACUUUUGUGCUUUUAUUCUUUUUAGACUUUUAUUAAAAAAAGAAAAGAAAAAAACAAGCUCCUGUAAUUUGCACUUUCUCCCAAUCCUUAAAUCUCUUGUAUGGCAACCAAAAUUACUGUAAAAAAAUAAAUAUACUAUUGCACUAAG